AUGCCAAAUUCGUCUACGUCGAAACGUCCGGAAAAAAAGCGGAAGCAUCCAGAAGAAGCACCGAAGAACUCAAUCGAGGACGACAUGUUCGCGCUGAUUGAGUCGUCUCGGUUCAAAAACAUCAUCGGAUCAAUGAUAAGGGAAGCGGUCAGAGCGGAAUUCAUGAGUGUGCAAGAGGAGCUAGAAGAGCACCGGAAAAAGAUUUUGGCUCUCGAGAAAUUGAUCAGUGAGUGUAACUCGCGGAUAAUCCAAGUGCAAUCCCAGCUGUCCACGUUCGAGCUCCGCACCUCUGGCCCCUCAUCACCAACGACCCCGGGCCCACCUCCACUCUCGGCCUACGAAGUCGAGCGCCGUCGUUCCAUCGUCCUGGCAAACGUCCCGGAAUUCAUGGGCCCUUCGAAUCGAGACGCAUGGCAUUGGGACUUCUCGUGUGUCUCCAAAAUGCUCGCCCACAUGAACAUCGGGACCCCGCCCACCACAAUCUACAGACUCGGGAAGGUCAGUCGCUUCCGCCCGCGCCUUAUCAAGGUCGUCCUGCCAUGCACGGAUUUUCAAAAACAAGUCCUCUCGCGAACCAACCUCCUUCGAUCGUUCCCUACCGGAUCCUUCCCGCCCGUCUUCCUCCGUCCCAGUCUGACAAAGGAGCAGCGUGACCUCCGCCGCAAAAGUGAACUUCUUGAUCGUUCUCCACGCAUUCCAUCUCACCCUCAUCAUAGUUCACGUAUUAAGUCCCCGUCCAUUCCUCCUCUCAUCCCGUCCUCUCCCCUCCAAAAUAUUGAGCCAAUGGACAUGGGAAACGACCACAGGGACAGAGUUCUUCCCCCCACUCCGUAA